AUGUCGAUGAUAUGUCGCUCAACAAAUCUAAAGAGCGAUUAUUGCAUUUCCGAAAGGUUGCAUGAUGAAUUUUGCCACAUGAUGAAGGAGGCUUUACCAGAGCCAAAUACCAUGACAACUGGGUUUUAUAAUAUGAAGAAGCAAAUAGUCGAACUUAGAUUGCUGGGCAUGAGGGUAUCAACAGUGGUGCACGGACAAGUCCUAAACAACACAUACCCACCAUCAGCCUCAGUUUUUACCGACGCAUCAAAGCCUUUCAUGGCAGGAAUUCUACAACAGUUGUCGUCUACACGCACUCCUCUCUUUAUCAACGUCUAUCCUUAUUUCGCCUACGCAUCCAACCCGGUCCAAAUCCGCUUAGACUACGCCCAAUUCACCGCUACUGGCCCACCAGUCGUCACAGACAGAACCUUUAUAAACAUGUUCGAAGCAAUGGUAGACAGGUUCAUUUGGGCCAUAGAAAAAAUUUACAUUACUAAUGUGCCAGUUUUAGUGUCCGAAACAGGGUGGCCCCACGCAGGAAAUGGUAACCUUACAACCCCGGAAUUUGCAAGGAUUUAUAAUAAGAAUCUAAUGCAUUAUAUCCUUACUACUAAGGGUACUCCUAAAAGGAAAGGGUCUAUUGUUGGAGGCUUUAUUUUUGCUUUGAUUGGUGAGAAUCGUAAGCCCGAAGGUGUUGAACAAAUUUUUGGAGUCUUUAAACCUAGUUUUGACCCUAAUUAUGAUUUGUUUACUUAUUAGAUCAAUUCUAUUGAAUUUUAAUUGUAUGUUA